AUAAAAAAAACCUAAAUUAAACCUCAUAACUCAUAAGCCUAUUAGCACCAAACCAAACGACUUCUCAAAUCAAUUCUCAAUCGAAAAAUCGAGUAUCUUUGAAAUUCUGAAACCCUAAUAAUAUUUGUGUGAAAUUAUUGAUUUUUGAAAGAAAUGCCUCAGAGACAUUCAAAGAACAACAACGAUCUCGCCUUCUUCACCUACGACGAGAAACGGAAACUUGGUUAUGGAACGCAGAAAGAGAGAUUGGGGAAGGAUUCAAUCAAACCCUUCGAUGCUUGUUCCCUUUGUCUCAAAUCGUUGAUUGAUCCUAUGAGCUGCCAAAAAGGUCAUCUUUUCUGUAAAGAGUGUAUUCUCGAGUGCUUGUUGUCUCAGAAGAAAGAUAUUCAAAGGAGGCUUGUGGCCCAUUCUGCUCAGCAGAAGCAAGGAAAAGAAGAGGAAGAAGAGAGAUUAACGUUGCAGAAGGCUAAAGAGCUUGAUGCAUUUGAUCAGCAAAAUCAUGGUGCUGUACCGCAGUACAGUGAUAGAAGUUAUAACCGUGAUAAGAAUGGCUUCCAUGGGGCAAACAGUGUGAAGGUCACUUCCUAUGAGGAGGAAGCCCUAAGGACAAUGAAGGCAUUUUGGUUGCCUUCUGCUACACCAGAAGCUUCUGUUAAAGUAGAAGCUCCUUCUACCAGUACUAUCUGUCCGGAAGGAAAGGAGACUCUGAAAUUAAAGACACUUUUCCCUGUGCAGUUCACUGAAGAUACUAGUGAGCAGAAAAAAUCCAACGCACUUGAUACGACCUAUGUUUGUCCUAGCUGCAAAACCACUCUCACCAACACAAUGUCACUUGUGGCUCUCAGUUCAUGUGGGCAUGUAUUUUGCAAAAAAUGUUCUGACAGAUUUAUGGCUGUCGAUAAGGUCUGUCUUGUUUGCAACAAGGCAUGUAAAGAGAGACAUUUGGUGAAUUUGAAGAAGGGAGGGACAGGUUUUGCUGGUCAUGAUGAGAAUCUUGAAGCCAAAGAUUUCAAGCAUUUGGGAAGUGGUUCUGGUUUGGGGCUGGUUAGACCUGCGAUGAAGACUUAAAAAGGCGUAUUUGGUUUGGCUAGUCGAACGGUGAUAUGUAAUUCAGAAGAGGAAAAAUGUGCGUUAAACUUCUCUUUACGAUGAAGUUAUAUUGUUAAAGCUGUAUUUGGUUUGGCUUGUCGGAUGAUGAUACUUAUUUCAGAAGAAGAAAAAUGUUCGUUUAACUUCUCUAUAUGAUGAAGUUAUCUUGUUAACAUGGUAUACUUCAUCAUCUUCUUUAUUGUCUAAUGAUGAUGUAUUUUAAUACUUGUAUUUUAUUUUGUGUAUUUGGUUCUGUAUUUUUGUUUAGCUAAAUCUGACCUAAAUAAUUUGAAAAGUGAGCUUGUUUUGUUUAAUGUAGUGGUUCCAAUUUCAGCUAUAUUAUAAUUUUCAAGGGGAGGGUUUUAGCAUGACAUGACUUGUAGUAUUAUCAUCUACCAUGAUUGAUAAUUUGAUGAUAAUAAUUGAUGAGGUUUGUUGAUUUUGAACAAGAUAGCUACAAAAUGUUGAUGUACAGCUAUAAAAUGUUGAAUUAUAGGUGUUUUCCAACUUUGUUCGGUUACAUAAAUAAUAAACCUUGAUUUUGAUUUUAUUGCA